UUUUGUGCAAUACUAUAUUCUAUUCUAUAAACCUCUCCCGCCAACCGUCGCCGCCGACGCCUCUCCUCUCCUCCCUCAUGCCCACCGCCGCUCCGCCGGUCUCCCCCUCCCUCCCUUCAGAAUCUGAUUUUAUAGUUUGUAAACCCCCAACGAUUUAUUAAUUAUCUCAAAUGUGGUUUUCUCCCCCAAUUCCAAACCAAUUUUGGAAUUGACGGACAAGUAUCAUGUUUUCUCCUCUUCGGGUUCUACUAUUUGACGGAAUCCAUUGACAACCAUCGCGCUGCGCUCCUCCUCUUCAGUUGUUGAUAGAUUCGUCAUUCGAUUCGAUUCGAUUGUUUGCUUUUGCUGGAACGGAACGGUGAGCGCAAAUACGGAGCUUUGUCUGGGCAAGUCAACAAGGAAAUAAGCCUUCGGGAUUUUACUCGGUGAUCGAUCAUUUGAAUAGAAACAUUCAUUUUCUACAACAAUGAGUAGCAGUCGAAGACCGUGGAUGUACAAUAGAAUGAAUAGGGGCAUUUUGAAUAGGAAUUUUAUCGCUGGAGUAGAAGAUUUUCUCAAUUAUUGUGUCACGAACCCCAAUGUUCAAAAGAUUGAUGGGAUGAUAAGGUGUCCCUGCAAACGUUGUGCUAACACUCGGUUUCUUCCGGUGGAUGAGGUUAAGUAUCAUUUGUACUCAAAGGGUUUUGUAUCAUUGUACGAACGAUGGACAUGCCAUGGUGAGAAACAUGAAUGGCGUAGUACCUUCUAUCCAUCGAAGGACCGGAAAAUUGAAAUGCAGAUGUCACAAAAUCGGUCAUCCAAAGCAACGAAGCAACAGAUAUUAGACGCAGUGAAGAGGGUAAAGGAGAAGCGGCAGGCGCAGCAGUGUGAAGUCGCUCCAACUGAUGGUUUAGGAUCAGCCCUUGUUGCAACAUCCACCGUGGAUACCCGUAUUAAGAUCACUGUGCAACAAGAUGGGAGCGUUUGCUGGCCUCAAGAGACCUUGAACGUGCUCCGGGACAUCUUUCGCUCGUGUCUCACCCCCGAGGGGAGCAUGUGGAUGAAGGUACCAAUGGAGACCAAAUUGUGGUACGCCGAGGAGAUGAAAUAUGCAAUAUCAUUGCAGAAGUAUUUUACUUGGGACUCCGACGACGAAGGAAAAGUCAUGCUUGAAUAUAUAAAAACCGCUCAGGACGUAUACAACAAAUGGUUAUACGAAAUCCGCAAGGAGCACAACAAGGAGGUUGCCAAACUUAUCGACCCGGAGAUCCUGACAAAGUGGAGGAGGGUUUGGGACUCCGAAGAUGCGAAGAAAAACCGACGACGGGGUGAUCUGGAUGCAACACAUACUGGAGGGCACCGAUCAUUUUGUGAGACGGCCAAGAAAAUGAGAUUGGAUGAGGAUGGGACCUAUGCAUGCCCAAAGACAUCGGAGAUUGCCCAAGAUCCGAAUUCGAUCGGAGAAGAUGUGAUGCAGCAGGGCAUCACUGAGUACGACAGAGACGCGAUCUUUGGGUUAAGGGCUUUGGCAGCUACGGUGCCCAUUGGUCGCUCGUCCUUUAGCAGUGAUGGUCGUAUUUUGGAGUCUGCUGAUGUCGAGCAGCGUUUCCAGAAAAUGGAGACUCGGUUUGAGGAUCGUAUACAACAGGUAGAUGAUCGGGUGACGAGAAUCGAGCAGUACCUAGAGACUAUCACCAACCAGAAUCGAUCGAUCAUAGAAGAGCUUCGCAGACGCUGAGCACGUAUAAACCGUCGUGGCCCCGACAACGAUGCAAGGUGUGCUUCCGUUACUUGUUUUGGGUUAUGUAUUGAGAUAUCAUCGAUUUAAUAUUGUUUUAUGAUAUGAUUUUGAUUGAUGGUUUGAUAUUGAAUGGUUAUAGAUUUUAGCA